AUGUCCAACUACCACGAUCCGCUUUCCGUGGCGUUGCCCUUCCUGUUCCAUAACCAGGACGAUUACCCGACUGAAAUCGUUGCCCACCGUUUCCAGGCAUGGCGCUAUAUCCUUAAAGACCUCGUUGCCUACCUAAGGCUGUAUGCUUCAGUCCAGGAGGAGAUCUUGAGGCAGCAGGCUCGUCUCCAGCAGGCUGUGGGCGCCUCCGCUGCCGUGGCUUCGUCUAACGCUUCUUUGGGAGGGGGCCGUUCUCAUGCUCAUAAGGAUAAGGAAUGGCAAGAUGACCUUCAGGCUAUAAACGAGUUCUUCUUGCCAAUUGGUAAUGGCUCCAUUCAAGAUCUCCCCACGAUACUCACGCGGUUCCACCAGCAGAAUAUUGAAAACGGUACCAAGACCUUGAAGGAAAUCCAGCUGGUGGUGAUCCCCCGUUUGGAAGAUUUGCGCAAGGACCUUGUGCUUAAGAUCAAGGAGAUUCGUAAGUUGCAAAACGACUUCAAAAAUACCUUGACCCGUGAUCUCCAAGAUUCCAGCUCCCUUUUGAGCAAGUUCAACCAUGCAAUUGACAUUGCUAACCGCCACGAGUUGUUGACCACCUCCGGCGAGCCUGUCCCUCAUUCGCAUGACUCUGAACUCGAUAGCACCAAAAGAGAUCCUUAUCUUGUUCGUUUGAAGCUUAAGGAACAGCUUAGCAGACAGCUCAAGGAAGAGCGUUAUCUUUAUGACGCCUACGAGAACUUACAGUCAUCGUCCCAAAAGUUAGAGUCCAUUGUUGUUUUGGAAGUCCAAAACUGUCUCCUGAUUUUCCUUAACUUGGUGCAAAACGAGCAUUCCACUAUCCCAGAGUUCUUGGUGCCCAGACUCUCUGAGGGUUUCCUUGCCAAGGAGUCCCUGUUCGAGUGGAACUCCUUCAUCGACCGUAACUUGCCCAAGACUUCCACCAUUUCCAAGAAUCUCAUGUCCGGCAAAUUCAUCGACUUAUCUUAUCCUGCCAGAAAAUUAGCCGACUUAAAUAUUCCUCAUUUCGAAUCUUUGGUCAACUUGCCUAUCAGAGAAGGCAUCUUAGAAAGAAGAUCCAAGUUCUUGAACAAGUAUUCCAGUGGCUGGUAUGUUUUGACAUGCAGCUACCUCCAUGAGUUCAAAACAAACGACAGAAAGCGUGAUCCUCAGCCUGUUAUGUCCCUUGCCUUAGAUACAUGUUCUGUUGACAAGCACACGAAGAAGGAUGACUCCAAGCAACUUGGCUCCUACAAGUUUAUUUUGUACUCCAAGCAACAGAAUGGUAUUAUCCACAGAGGUCACAAUUGGUCAUUCAAAUGCAGCACCUACGAAGAAAUGAUUCUGUGGUAUAACGAUAUCAAGCAAUUGACCCAGUUAGCAUCGCCCUCUGCAAGAGCCAAGGCUUUUAGCAAGGUCCUCCAAGCAAAGAAAAAUGAUAUAACUGAUAAGAAGUUAUCAAGAGCAUCAAGUGUGUUAUCUGCGCAGACUGGUCCUGGCGUUCGAUCUGUAAGGUCAAAUUUCACCGGUGCUUCCAAGGUACGGAACCCAUUGAGUCCUACCCAGUCGGUGAGAUCCAAGGCACUUUCCCAGACAGCAUCGGCCGCUUCAACCGGCCAGAACCAGCGUUUGUCGUCUACAUUCUCGCAGAAAAACUACCAUCAAUCCCCAAAGCUUUCCAAUUUGAUCAAUAGUGAUGGAACUAUCGUGACUCCCGUUGAUACCCACCAGGCAGAUACACACAAGGAUCAUGAACAUGGUGACACUACCUUAACUGGUCAGUCGAGUCAAUACGCUCCAGAGCACGAAUUCCAGGAUCAACAUGAGAGCGAGUAUGACCAGCAGUCACAGGCUGCUCCUAAGGCAGUACCAAUGCCAAAUGGAACUGCUUCUGCAAAUCCACAAGGUACUCCUCAGCAAUUUAUUCCACAAAAUUACCAGUACUACUUCAGUCAAGUGAACUCGCAGCCGCAACAGUUCUACGAUCCGGUUCUGCAACAGUUCUUCACAAUCAACGCAAUUCCUGUUCCUGAUGCAUCGCAGGUCCCUUCGUCUUCAUCGCAAGGACCCGCCUCGGUUCAACCUCUGCAAACUGGACGUACCCCUGUGCAAGGACAGCCGAUGCCACAAUACUUCCCACUGUCUCCACAGACGCAGCCACAAGCGCAGUAUUUCCCAGCAUCGCCAAACUUCCAGCCGCAGAUCAUUCAAACAGCUGCCACUCCUCAAAAUGUACAGCAGCCUGAGAAUGGUAGAGUAAAGGCUCCAUAUGUGCCACACUUCCCUCAGCAUUUCAACGAACAAGGCCCUAGUGGAUCUGGAGCCAACGUUCAAGGGAAACCUGGUAACUUGCCUUACCCAACCAACUUGGAGCAUCCAGGCCAAUCGAGACAGAAUCUGACAACGUCCACUGGCUCACUCACGGUUACGAAAACUGUUCCAGGAACCUUCAAGACCGUGGAGGAAGGUCAGUUAGCCGAUGACCAAAUUUCCCAGGCCAACAUCAGGUAA